GAUGUGUCGCAGGUUUAAAAAGUGCUCAUCUAGCGCAAGGAAAUGGAGCAGUGCAAAACAUUAAAUGCUGAAUUGUAAACAAGGCAGCGGAAGAGCGGGAACGUGUGCAGCCAUUCUAACAGUGCAUGGGAUUUGCAUGUUCAUAGUUACUUUAACGACAAGAAGGAAAAGCGCAAAGAUACAUUGACAGCUACUUCAUUCUUUUAGCUUAACUUAACUGAUGGAACUGUCCGCGAUUGGUGAGCAAGUGUUCGCUGUGGAGUCGAUCAUUAAGAAAAGAGUUAGAAAGGGUCACGUCGAGUAUUUAUUGAAGUGGAAGGGGUGGCCUCCCAAGUACAGCACAUGGGAGCCGGAGGAGCACAUUCUAGACCCUCGACUGGUUUUAGCGUAUGAGGAAAAAGAAGAGAGAGAAAGGUCAGUGAGGUGGCGUAAAAGAGGCCCAAAACCGAAAAGACUCUUCAUGCAGAGGAACAUUUACGCAAUGGAUCUGCGCAGCGCACACAAAGCUACAGAGAAUUCUUCAGCACAUCUCCCGCUCUCACUUGACCCAAGGUUCCAGUCCACAGGGGCUUGUAUAUAUCAAAGAUUAACCCACCACAAGAAAAAGAAGAAAACAUCCAGAGAGACUUCUGAGGAAGAAUGGGAUAGAAGAGAAGAAGAAGAUCAUGAGGACGAUGAUGAUGAGGGGGUUAUGGAGGAAGAAGAAGAGGACACAAGACAAGGAGGAACUAAAACUGGCAGCAACACUUUAAACAAGCAUGUCAGGAGAGGACGCUGGAUUCCAACCACUGAAUCAGCGGCAAUGACUAUAUCUCCUUUACCUGAAGACUGGAGUCCAGUUAUGGGCCCAGAGGAGGUCAUUGUGACAGAUAUCACCAUCAACUCACUGACUGUGACUUUUAGAGAGGCCUUGGUAGCAAGGGGCUUCUUCAGGAGCUGGGAGAUGGAGAUCUAACAUUACAGAGACUGAGGGGGGUCAGAACGAGAAUUGGUACAUCCCUUGUUUUGCAUUGUUGAUUAUGUGCUUGCACAACCUCCGCCAGUGUUUCAGACUACAUUUAUUUGCACUAUUAGUUCUAAAUGAGUUCAAACUUUCCAAAAUGUUUCCGCGAUUACAAUCAAUCAAAGUAACAGUCCAUUUAAUGACAGUACUGAUAGUAUGAUGAAAUUGUGAACUUGUAUUGACCAUGAAACAAAUCAAGCCAGUUCUCUGAUACUGGAUUGCAGUGAAGUUUACAGAUUUAACUAAAUGGGAUAAUCUUCAUUUGGUCUAGUCAUGUAUUUGCAUGAAAUACAUAAUGGUAGUUCAGAGUAAGUCGCACAAUUAAGUAUUCCUAAAAGCAAAGUUGUCACAUACAUAUUCACAUUACGUGGAUGUAUGUAUGUAUGUGUGUAUAUAUAUAUAUAUACUGUAUACUUGGUAAACAUUCUAAUCUUGACCUUCAAUUUAAAUUGCACCUAAUGUAGUAAAUUAGAAUUAGUGGCCUCCUGAUACUUAAAAUAUGUUAAAUACAAAAUACAGCGUUGUGUGCCGUUCUUGACACUUCAUAAACAAAAUAUUAUGGUGUGGGGGAAAAAAAACUGCACUCCUCAUCAUCGCACAAUUAUGCUCUAACUUUGAGCGUAAUUAUGUGUAUGAAAUAAAGUUGCAUUUUAUUUUUUUCCCAACACUUGCUUGCUAAUAUCUAUUUGCAGUGUUUGUGCAAUUUUUUUGUCCUGACAAGUAUGCACCAUCUUGCACAGUAGUCUACCAUGUUAGAUUUAACUUGACUACUGUUUAUAUUUGGUGUUAUUUUAGUCCAAGAUGAAAACUGAGACCUGAAGACCAAAAUAAAAUAUUGAUGAUUUCUAUAUUGAGGCAAAUGUAUAUUUAGCCUCUAGGAAUGUCCAUCUCUGGGGGCUCAACUGUUUAAUAUCUGACAUCAUGUGACCUGUAUAUAUUUGAUAGACUAUGUCUGUGCCAAAUGUCUGUGGUUGCUUUUGCUAUUAAAAGUAUUUGCACUUUAAAAUAGAAAACUUGGUAUUAUGAUGCCAUAAAUAAAACCUUGGUGUAACUGUAUCAUUAUCCAUUAAUUUUUUUAUAUUUAAUCAGCAAUGUGUGGAUUAACUUU